GAGGCGGGUCAGGAGCGUUCUGUCGCCGCCGCGUCUUUCGCGGAAGUUCCUGAAUAGCGGUGGCGGCUUUUGAUCGCAGGCGCUGAGCUUCGGCUUUAUUCUCCGCUCCUCCUUUGCUCUCCCGCCGCUAUAUAAGCUCGGCGACGCCACUUUUUACUGGCACGCCGGCCGAGCGCUUGGAUAGGCUUGGAGGGUGCAACCUCACGCCGCGCAGAACCGGAUCGUUUUGAACACGAGUCGAUAGGAUUCCCGCACACCCGGCUGCCGAAGGAGCGGCUGAUUUCACAUUUACUAGCGUGCCUAAGGCUUUCGCUGCUCAAGUGGUUGCAGAACACUUGAAAGAUACCAAAAUGAGCCUACGGAAACAAACUCCAAGUGAUUUCUUGAAGCAAAUCAUAGGAAGACCAGUUGUUGUAAAAUUAAAUUCUGGAGUUGAUUACCGAGGUGUUUUAGCCUGCUUGGAUGGCUACAUGAAUAUUGCUCUGGAACAGACAGAAGAGUAUGUAAAUGGACAAUUGAAAAAUAAAUAUGGAGAUGCCUUCAUCAGAGGAAAUAAUGUCUUAUAUAUAAGUACACAGAAGAGGAGAAUGUGAGCUGAAGAUGGAGUAUUUCAUAUUAACUUUUCUUAAUAAUUGUUUUGUUUCUUCCUUCUGUUGUAAAGUUACAUAAUCUGUAUGAAAAUGGUUUUUUUUAAAAUGUUAAACAAAAUGGAACAUUUUUCUGUUUCAAUAUUGUUUGUAUUAUA